AUGCCCUCCACCAACGGAAUCAACGGCGCCAAGGUGCUCGACUCCAAGUCUGCCCUCCAGGUCUUGAAGGAGUACGAGAGCCGUGAUGGCCUCGACAUCUACGAGCUCAUGGACACCAAGAAGCACGGUGGUCUGACCUACAACGACUUCCUGCUGCUUCCCGGCUACAUUGGCUUCCCCGCCUCUGCCGUCGUCCUGGACUCUCCCGUCACCAAGAGAAUCACCCUCAAGACCCCCUUCGUCUCCUCCCCCAUGGAUACCGUCACCGAGCACGAGAUGGCUAUUGCCAUCGCUCUCCAGGGUGGUUUGGGUGUCAUCCACCACAACUGCUCGCCCGAGGAGCAGGCCGACAUGGUUCGCAAGGUUAAGCGGUACGAGAACGGCUUCAUCCUGGACCCCGUCGUCAUCAGCCGCGAUACCACUGUUGGCGAAGCGAAAGCUCUGAAGGAGAAGUGGGGAUUCGGAGGUUUCCCCGUCACAGAGACCGGUAAGCUCGGCUCUAAGCUGCUGGGCAUCGUCACGAACCGCGACAUUCAGUUCGAGGAGGAUCCCAGCCAGUCUAUCUCCACGGUCAUGGUCACUGACCUGAUCACCGCCCCCGCCGGCAUUGAUCUCCCUGAGGCCAACAAGAUCCUGGCCAAGUCCAAGAAGGGCAAGCUGCCCAUCGUCGACAAGGACAACAACCUGGUCUCCAUGAUUUCCCGCUCCGAUCUUAACAAGAACCAGCACUUCCCCCUGGCCUCCAAGUUGCCCGACAGCAAGCAGCUUCUCUGCGGUGCCGCUAUCGGCACCCGCCCCGAGGACAAGAACCGCCUCAAGCUCCUCGUCGAUGCCGGCCUCGACGUCGUCAUCCUCGACAGCUCCCAAGGUAACAGCAUGUACCAGGUCGAGAUGAUCCAGUGGAUCAAGAAGGAGUUCCCCGGCCUCGACGUCGUCGGCGGAAACGUCGUCACUCGUGAGCAGGCUGCCACCCUUAUUGAGGCCGGUGUCGACGGUAUCCGCAUCGGUAUGGGCAGCGGCUCCGCCUGCAUCACGCAGGAGGUCAUGGCUGUCGGCCGACCCCAGGCUGCCGCCGUUCACUCUGUCAGCAGCUUCGCCGCCCGCUUCGGCGUUCCCUGCAUUGCCGACGGUGGUGUCCAGAACGUUGGCCACGUCGUCAAGGGUCUUGCCCUCGGCGCUUCUACCGUCAUGAUGGGUGGUCUCUUGGCUGGUACCACCGAGUCCCCCGGUACCUCUUUCGUCUCCCGUGAGGGUAAGCUCGUCAAGGCCUACCGUGGCAUGGGCAGCAUCGACGCCAUGCAGGACAAGAAGGCUGGCAGCGGCGGCAAGGACAGUCAGAAGAGCAACGCUGGCACUGCCCGUUACUUCUCCGAGGGCGAUAGCGUCCUUGUUGCCCAGGGUGUUACCGGCUCGGUUGCCCACAGAGGUCCCAUCAGCAGAUUCAUUCCCUACCUGGCUGCUGGUCUGAAACACUCCAUGCAGGACUGCGGUAUCCAGUCCCUCAAGGAGCUCCGCGAGUCUGUUGACAACGGCACCCUCCGCUUCGAGCUCCGUACCUCCAGCGCCCAGAUGGAGGGUAACGUGAACAUGGAGUCGUACGAGAAGAAGCUAUUUGCCUGA